AAGUGAUAAACAGACCCAGGCAUGUGGUAGAUUUGGGGUUUUUCAGCAUGAAUAGGGUGGCUGGAGUUUGCUUCGUUAAAAGCAUCAAUUGGCUUCUGCGAUCAUUAUGGAAAUGCUGAUGUAAGGCCUUCGGGAAACGAUGGAGAAGAGAUGGACAUACUGUGCUGUCUACGCCAUCAUCCAGAUACAUCUUAUCAGGGGGGUAUGGGAAGAAAGGUUCAAUGAAGACAUUUAUGCUUUACCUGGCUCUGAUGUCAACCUGACCUGCCAAAUACAGAAGAAAGGCUUCUUGGUGCAGAUGCAAUGGUCCAAGGUCACUGAUAAUUUGGACCUGAUUGCCCUUUAUCAUCCCCAGUAUGGCUCCUACUGUGCCAAUGAGAGUUCUUGUGAGUCAAUGGUGACUUCCAGAGAAAUUCCCGGGAAUGUGUUGCAGUGGACUUUGCACUUAAGGAACACGUCCUCCUCACUCACUGGGAAGUACGAAUGUAGCUUUACUCUGUAUCCAGAGGGCAUCUGGACUAAAAUCUACAACCUACUCAUCCAGACAAAUGUUGCUCAGGAUGAAUGGAGAAGCAACCAUACAAUGGAAAUAGAGAUAAAUCGGACUCUAGAAAUACCAUGCUUUCAAAAUAUCUCCUCGGAAAUCUCGUCUGAGUUCACCUUUGCAUGGUUGGUGGAGGAUAAUGGUACUCAGGAAACACUUAUCACCCAAGAUCACCCCAUCAGCAAUUCCACGUUAUUUAAAGACAGAGUCAGGCUAGGUACAGACCAUGGACUCCACCUCUCUCCAGUCCAAAUCCACGACGACCACCGGAAGUUCUCUUGCCACAUUGUGGUCAGGCCUGGCAAAAUCUUGAGGAGCUCCACCACGGUCAAGGUUUUUGCUAAGCCAGAAAUCCCCAUGAUUGUGGAAAACAACUCCAUGGAUGUCUUGGGAGAGAGAACAUUUACCUGCUCACUGAGGAAUGUAUUUCCCACAGCAAAUCUCACAUGGUUUAUAGAUGGAACCUUUCCUCAAGAUGAAAGAGAAGAAAUACACAUCACUAAUGAGGAGAUAAAAGGCAAAGGAGGAUUUUUGGAACUGAAGUCUGUUUUGACAAUGGUGUAUGGUGAUAAACCAGCCCAAAUGAACAACCUGAGCAUCUGGUGUAAGGCUCUGUCUCCAGGCCCUGGAAAUCAAGUGUGGAACAUCUCGUCUGAAAAGAUCCCUUUUUCCUUGGGCUCAGUGACCCCUCCGACAGAUCCUCCACUCCAUCUUACAAAAUCUACCCUUGGCGCCCAACCUUCUCCAGCCAACAGUGCAUCUCCUACAAGAUAUCCAGCUACGUCUUCAAUAGCCCUUGUAGAUGAGAGUUCGUCGGCUCCAAACACCAGCCCACAAGCCAGCAAUUCCAAUGUGACUACCCAAAGCUUCAACUACUCCUGGACCUCCAGUGAGAAAGACCCGAAAAACCGUAAGUAUAACUCAGCUUCCUGGAUGCCCAGUGAAAUGUACACUUCAUCCCCCUUAGGGGAAGGCUCAACACUUCAUGGUGAUGUCGUCAUCAGCUCAACCAGAGCAUUUUCAGAAGUUCCCCAAACUGCCAAUGUGUCUACUAAAAAUAAUGACAUCCAUAUCACUGGAAUUGUGGUUAACAAGCCCAAAGAUGGGAUGUCCUGGCCAGUGAUUAUAGCAGUUCUGCUUGCUUCCUGCAUGGUAGUGUUUGGUCUUGGAGUGAGAAAAUGGUGUCAAUACCAAAAAGAAAUCAUGGAAAGACCCCCACCUUUCAAGCCACCGCCACCUCCCAUCAAGUACAUUUGCAUUCAAGAGUCCAUUGGAAGUGAUCUGCCUUGUCAUGAGAUGGAUACACUCUAGUCCUUUGCGACUUUGCCAUACAGCAAGACUCUGCUAGAAUCCUAUUGAGAAGGUAGCUAUCGUACUGUAUUAAUAUAAUCGCCCUCUAGCCAAGUCUCUACUGCAGCAGAAAUGAGUGUCAGAAUUGAAUGACCUGUAUUCCCAGCAACUCGCCCUCUUUCAUCAGCAUAUGCUUGAAAUUUAAACAAGAGUGGGCGGAUGUGUCAUGCUCACACCCAGUGCAAUCUGUAGGGAUUUUCUUGCUUAUGUAAGAAGUACAAAUUAGGCUGCUGUCAUUAAAAAAAUACUUGCAGUGUUUUUAUUUUUCAUUUUAAUUCUCUGAUUGAGGUGAUGACAAUGAUUUCAAGCACAUGUCCACGCCAGAUCCUCUUCUCUUUGGGCAUCUGCCAACGUUCUAAACUAUUUGCCAAAAUUAUGAUAAUCUCUGAGGUUUAUUGCCUUCCCUAGGAAAAUUACAAGAAGAUGAAAAUGCAAAAGUCCUAGCAAGAGUUCCAAAUAAUGGGAAAAUGCAAUUAGUCUUCCAACUGAAAUUCUGUUGUUUGUUUUCACCGGAGGAAAACAGAAUACCUUGCACAAGAACCCUGGUUCCAAUCCUCCUUCACCCUUCCUCCCAUGUUCACCCAGGCUCUUCCCCCACGGGAUGAGGAGGGAUCAGAGGUGACUAGCUAACAACCAAGUAGCCUAGUAGGUACAACUCUGCGCUGGCCUCUAAAGUUAUAUGAGCUAAGAGUAGUUUCAUUCUCAGCUUUACCUUUGUGCACACGUAUGUGUGUGUGCAUGAGUGUGCACAUGUGCAUGCGUGCAUCAAACUAUUACCAAGCUGUUAUAUAAGCAAACAGGCAGCCUCACCCCAAUCAAACUCAUUUAAUUCCCAUUAUUCUCUUUUUCACCUGGGGACUUUCCUGUUCAUUCAGUCUGCCUAUUUUGAAACAGAUAAAAGAGCCUCAAAUCAGACUAGUGUUGAUGAAUUAAUCCUGCUCCUACCAAUAUUUUACAAACCAGUUCAAACAGAGCAUGUAGGUGAUGGAGAAGAAACCUAGUCAGCCAGCCCUGCUCUGUAUUCA